AUGCAGCCUCGACUUAGAAAAUCGACUCUCUCAGCCAGCUCCUCCACCUCCAACAGCUUGUUCUUCUUUACAGCCCUCUUUAUUCUUCUUGUACAACUACUCUGUUCACGCCUUCCACCACUUGUAUACAUUCGUAGCACCCUUCAGCCUUCUCCAUUGUCACCAUUCACUCCAUCUGGAACUCUCCAUCUAUCAGCAUCGCCUGUCCUUGGCUGCUUUCUCGCCACCACAUGUCCUUCUCAAACAACACCUUUUUCAACACUCGACACAACCCACGAGUCAUACGCUUCUUCACCACUAUUGCAAUGCACUUUACGAACACAUGCUCGUCAACCUCAUUCGCUCCAUCUUGUUCGCCAUCCGCAAACGCCUUGGCACGAGAGCCCCACACAGCAUACCAGCUUGCGUCAAGGCCAUACCCCAAGUCGAGGCCAUAAAAGGUUUCUUUGCAAGGUUGGUAUCAUGUUACAUGAGGAAGUCUUUAUUGAAGAUGUCAUUGGAUUGGUGGGUGCUGGAUGA